AUGACAGAUGUGGAUAACUUGGGGUUUCACAUGCUUUGGACGGACUGCUUAACUCGCUUGCGACAAGAGCUCUCUGAUAAUGUCUUUGCCAUGUGGAUUCGUCCUUUGGUUGCAGAAGAAGUCGAAGAUACUUUAAAACUGUAUGCACCCAAUCCAUAUUGGACUCGCUACAUUCAAGAACAUCAUUUAGAACUGAUUUCUAUUUUGGCAGAACAAUUAUCUGAAGGUCGUAUUCGCAAAGUCGAAAUUUUAGUCGACUCGCGUCCUGGUGCAAUUCUUUCUGCUGCUGAACAGCCUGCUACCACAACGGCAGCGCUUGAAAGUUCUCCAAUGCCUACACAGCAUGUCAAAGCCAAAAAAGACAAAGAAUAUGAAGUUGUUUCUGCAAAAAAUGUGAAGAAACGACAACUUAACCCAUUAUUUAACUUUGCUUUAUUUGUUGAAGGUCGUUCAAACCAAAUGGCGGCUGAAACUUGCCGCAAAGUUUUAACACAACUGGGUGAAUCUCAACAUAAUCCACUCUUUUUAUACGGCCCUACAGGCUUAGGUAAAACGCAUUUAAUGCAAGCCGUUGGUAAUGCAUUAUUACAAGCAAAGCCAAAUGCGCGUGUGAUGUAUAUGACUGCGGAAAGCUUUGUCCAAGACUUUGUCAGCUCUCUGCAAAAAGGCAAGGUUGAAGAAUUUAAAAAGAAUUGCCGUUCUUUAGAUUUAUUGUUGGUUGAUGAUAUUCAUUUGUUGGCGGGUAAAGAAGCCAGUCUUGUUGAAUUUUUCUAUACAUUCAAUGCUUUAUUGGAUGAAUCUAAACAAAUUAUUUUAACCUCUGACCGUUAUCCAAAAGAAUUAACCGAAUUGGAUCCGCGUUUAGUCUCGCGCUUUUCAUGGGGAUUAUCGGUUGGGGUUGAACCACCAGAUAUUGAAACACGUAUCGAAAUUUUGCUGAAAAAAGCCGAAAGCAGUGGCAUCGAUCUGCCUCGAAAUUGCGCUUUAUUUAUUGCACAACAGGUUGUUGCCAAUGUGCGAGAGCUUGAAGGCGCUUUAAACAAAGUUGUGGCAAUCUCACGCUUUAAGGGUUCUGCAAUUGAUCUAGAAGUGGUUCGUGAAUCAUUGAAAGAUGUUUUGGCGAUUCGUGCCCGUACCAUCAGUACUGAAAAUAUUCAACGCGUAGUGAGCGAAUACUUCCGUAUACCAUUGAAAGAGUUGGUGGGGCCAAAACGCACACGUAUUUACGCACGACCACGUCAGUUGGCGAUGGGGCUUGCGCGUGAGCUUACUGGAGACAGUUUCCCUGAAAUUGGGAUGGCUUUUGGCGGUCGUGACCACAGUACGGUCAUGCAUGCCUGUGAAAAAGUGCAAAGUUUACGCGAUGAAGAUCCAAUUUUUAAUGAGGAUUAUAAAAACCUCAUGCGCCUGUUACAAAGUUAA